AUGGUGAGACCCGGAAGACGGCACAGUACCGGAUUUCUUGGACUCGGGAAGAUAGAGAAUGGCGCGUGUGCUGUUGGUGACGACAAGGCCCAAGCAGCAAAGCAUGCCUUGCCUCUUCACUGUUGCCAACAAAAAAAACCGAAGACAACGAAACACGCGGAGGCAGGGGCCGCGUAUGGAGAAUCCCUAUGGGGCGGCCGGCGGGGGCCCCGAGUCCCGAGGGACCGUGUUGAUGUCGAAUUCUCCCGACGGCGAGAACAAGCAUGGAUGGCCUGCUGGGCGAUCCCUUUUGCCCGCCCGGGACUCAGGCGCCAAGCAAUCAUGUGA